AUGCACAAGGAUUAUUUGGCUUUUUUAAUGUUAUUGAAACUCAACUUAUUUGCCACCGUACUGUUUUUGCUAGCAUCUAUUCUCAUUUCUCGACUGGAUAGAUUUACAGAGAUUAUAUCACCACCAUUAUUAAUAUUUCAUUAUUCUGCUACUGCUUUAGUACUUAUCUUGGAAAUAGUUGGUUAUAAAUUGGUCGAACACGAAUAUAAAAUUGGGAUGAUAAUAUUCUUGGUUUUAUGGCUUGCAGUUAUUGCUGAUUUUAUGUUAGUGUUUGCUGUCUUAUUUUAUGUGUUUAAAGCGAUCGGAAGUAUUUGGAUCUUUGGGUCAAUUCUUGUUAUAGUAUUAAUCUUAAACUCUAUAGGAUUAAAAGAUCAACGUGAAGAAGUUGACAAAAAGCCAGGACCUUUAGAAGUUCCCUUAAACCAACUAUGGAAUCUUGAUUAUGACCCAAAUAAAAUGGUCAUUGAUACAUGA